GUAAGUUGACUAGAAAUAAAAAAAAAAUUUUUUUUCUGGCAAAUUUAUAAAAUAUUGUCCUCCACUGAUCCUCGAUGAUCUUUAUCUUUACAGUUUACAGCUAGUGCUUAACUGAGACUAAUCUCGAUGACAAGGGAGUCAUUCGCUUUCAUUUAUUAUUAAUAUCAAUAAGUUAUUUUUUUAUUCCAUUUUAUUCGGUUGUGAUUUUUAUUAUUGUUUGAUUUUUAUGAUUAGUGAUUAAAUAAUAAUAAUUGUUGAUUUUAUUUUUUUUAAAAUGGAAGAAAGUACAAGUGUUAAUGAAAGUUCUAAUUGCAAUACUAAUUUAAGUAGUAAUAAAUCUUCAGCUUUUAGUAUUGAAAGGAUUUUAAGAAAAGAUCCUCCCGUUAAUCAAUUUAUUGAUUCUAAUAAUUUAUAUUCAUUUGAAUCUUACGAUCAAGAAACAAGAUUAACGGUACCAGAUUCAUCAAUGUCUUCAACAGAUGAAAUGGAAAUUUUUGAAGAUCCAGAUAUUGGAUCUACUUCGUCAGAACCUGGAAUAAGUUAUGAAGUUUGUACCAGCAGCAGCGGUAAUAUAAACCCCGCGAUAGAUCCCAGUGAUAAAGAGAUUACCGAAAGAAGUGGGAGCGUAACCAGUGAGGAUGAUAAGAAAAAACGACCGCGUACAGCGUUUACUGCCGCUCAAAUAAAGUCUCUGGAGACUGAAUUCGAGCGGAGUAAAUAUCUGAGUAUUGCUAAGAGACUGCAACUGAGCAAGAGUCUAAAACUCACAGAAACUCAGAUUAAAAUUUGGUUCCAAAAUCGGCGAACCAAGUGGAAACGCAAGUAUACUAAUGAUGUUGAGCUGUUUGCACAGCAGUACUACUCCAGUCUAGGCAUACCAGCGCCAAGACCUAUUUUUGUUGGUGAUCGAUUGUGGUUUUUCAAUUACCCUGGACAACCACAAGCAGCAACAUCACCGUUGCUACCAUCACAUGUGAACCCUCUAGCACUACCACCGUCUUUGCCAAUCGUCCAGCCCUUACCGACAAAUCUUCCAGGACAAUCAAUGUAUCAAAAUGUCCCGCAUUCGAUAAACUACCUAACGCAUUUGGACUAUCGACGGCAAAAUACGUGAAAUAAUAUCAAAUUUUUUUUUAAUAUUAAAUAUAUAUAUAUUCA